CUGGUGCUGAUUUGUUUUUAAGGUUCGUAACAAGAACGUCGCACGAUGUUACGAAUUUUGAAGCAUGUAGAGAACAUUUGAUAAAUAGUGGGAAAGUUCUUGUUGAAAAAGCUGCAGCUGUACGUGAAAAGAUUGGUGAUCUAGGUGUACAAUUUAUUAAAGAUGAUGCGACAAUAUUGAUUCAUUCUUACUCUCGUGUGGUUAUGUUGCUUCUCCAACGUGCUGCAGCUUGUAAAAAAAGAUUUAAAGUUUAUGUUACUGAAUCUAGACCCACGGGCUUAGGAAUCAGAGCCACUAAAGUAUUAUGCAAAGCAGGAAUUCCGGCAACAGUUAUAUAUGAUACAGCAGUAGGUUACGUCAUUGAUAAAGUUGAUGCUGUUUUUGUCGGAGCAGAAGGUGUUGUUGAAAAUGGAGGGCUCAUUAAUGCUAUUGGCACUUAUCAGCUAGCCAUUGUUGCAAAGGCUGCUAAUAAGCCAUUCUAUGCAGUUAUCGAAAGCUAUAAAUUUGUUCGUCUGUUCCCACUCAACCAAUACGAUCUUCCAACUCACACGCCUGAUUUACUCACAUUUCCUGACUUAGAGCAUCACAAUACAGACUUAUCAGAAGAUGAAGUUAUAGGCAAUUAUGAGGCGAUUAACCCCACAGUAGAUUAUACACCACCCGAUUAUAUUACAUUGUUGUGCACAGAUUUAGGUGUAUUAACACCGUCCGGA